AUGCGCUUACUUGGACGUAUAGGUGCCCUUUUACUCCUCUCGCUCCUUUGCGAGGCAGAACAAUUUGCUGAAGACUUGACUCUACGACCUCUGCGAGAUGGGAAGCUAGCCGCGUCAUUCUCCUUUACAACCUUGCUGGAAAAUGCGACUCCGCGACAUCCAGGGUCGCUAGAAUACGACGAUGAUUCGCAGCAUUACGCCCUCUUCCCCCUCGCACUUGGACAAGUUUUGCGAGAAUUUGCUGUCACUGAGCUUCAUCUUACACUAAAUGCAGGCAAAUGGGACUAUGAUCGCUGGGGAUAUCCUGACGAGCCGGGUGUGGGUACUGGCGCUGAGCUGUGGGCAUGGAUGGGGGAUAGUGCUUUCAUUUCUGUUGAUCAGAGGUGGAAAGGUUUACGGAAUGCCCUCGCUGGCUUGUUUUGCGCCUCCCUUGGGUCGUUAGACGAGCAGCGGACGACAUCACCUAUCUUAAGCUUUCAGCCUGAAGGAUCUCUGCCCAACUGGACGACACCGCACCAGCUCCGCCACGCGACGUUGCCGUCAGAGCAUGUGUGUACGGAAAAUCUAACUCCAUUCUUGAAGCUCCUGCCAUGCAAAUCACGCUCUGGGAUUGCUACUUUGUUGAACCCGCAUAAAUUGUUUGACGCUGAUUGGCAUGGGAUGGGCGUGCACGUCCGCUAUCGCCAAGACAUAGGUGUUGAAGUACGACUCGCUUUUCAGGCGGUCAUUGACCCCGUUCGCUACUCCCCGGAAAGACGCCGAGAAGUCUCGCAAAUUCUAACGUGCAUCUAUCCAGAUUGGUCGUUUCUUUCCAUCUUCGACCGCGUUAUCGAAAGAGCUUGCCCAGUCGCCGAUACCAGCAUAAUACGAGUAAAGCUUCCGACCGAAGCGUCGUAUGCAAUGACGCCAACUCCGACCUCGAUAGAUGCAGACCUGGCGACAUUCUUGGUUGACGAUGCGAUGAAACCUCUUGAUAUUGUGAUGAAGUGGCCAGGGGAAUCAGCCUUUAGUUAUCCACCGCGCUCAAUGACAAGGCCUCUGACGCAUCUCUCCGUCCGCCGGGCACUCCACGGAUCGAAUCAGUACUCUGCUCAGCUGUUCAUUUCUGUGAAAAAUAACUCUCCGGUCCAAGUCCGGACGGGUUAUCUCGAGACCAUGCCAUGGCUGCUGCAGUUCUAUCUACAUACCAUGCAUGCCCACAUUGAUGGUGUCCCACGUGACGAUUUAGUAACCCUUCUUUCGUAUACCGCGCCCGUUCCGCACGCUCGGCCGACUCUAUUGCAAGCAGUGCUGACCCUGCCUCCGGAAAGCACGCUGCAGCUUACGCUGGACGUUUCCAAGCCUUUUUUGCGAUAUACAGAGCACCCGCCAGACGCGCAACGUGGCUGGGACUUACCGCCUGCCAUAUUUGUUCCAUUCUCCUUCGAGAACAUCUCUCAAGAAGAUUGGGAUCCUAGGAACACCGCGUGGACCUUAUUGGAACGACCCACGCGAAUAUACACACCUGUGUUGCUCGUUGAUCCUGCCACACCAGACUUCAGCAUGCCAUACAACGUGAUCAUCCUCAGCUGCACACUCAUCGCACUAAUUUUUGGGAGUGUCUUCAAUUAUUUGACGAGAACAUUUGUGGUAGUACACGUUGGUGAGGACUCCCACUAA